AUGAGACUUCUUAUUUUUCUUGGACACUUUUUUCUAACUUUGGUUCAUUGUCAAACUUGCCCGCAUGCGACAAAUGCGAGAAUUCAAGAAUGUGUUCAACCGGUUGCAGAAUUCGCGAAAGUUAUAAAUAAUCAUGAUUCAAAAAGUUCGGAUUCGGAAUUGGGUGGAACUUUUUCGUUGCCAAAGAUGGGAGCAAGGGUGUUUAAUGAGUUGUGCAAGUGAGUUUUAAAAUGUUAUUUUUGAACCAGAAGGGUAUAAGCUUAAGACAUUGCCUAAGCCUAAAGUUCUUUGUGAGCCCAAGGCCAUUCCUAAAUAUAAAAAAUCCCGAUUUUUACAAUUUUUUACUCAAAUCACAAUAAAAAAAUGAUUUGGAAAAUCUUUCAAAAUUAUUUUUGUUUAUCCCAAAACCAGAAUUUUUUACGAAUUUUUGUUUUUAGAAAAUUUAAUUAUUUUUCAAAAUCAAAAAUUGUUCCGCGAAAAUUUGAGAACUUUAUUGUGAAUUUUCUGAAUCAAAUUUUUUGUAGAGAUUUUUCUCAUCUUUAUUUCAAAAAAAAAUCUAAAUUUUUCCCACCAAACCAAAAAAAAACAUACAAAGAAAUAUUAAAGUAUGCCCUUGAGACUAUCAUUUCUUUUCCAGACACAUUGCUCGAUUCAAUAGUUGUAUACGCGAUCAUCGGUCAACUUGUCCCCGACAUGUCACUAUUUCUCUUAUUGAUGCUUCGUAUGGAUAUUUAUGCAAUGAGGGAUAUAAUAGUGAGCACUUAUUUUUUUUUUGCAAUUUUAUUAGUUUUUUCUUCUUUUUUUUGGUGGAAAAUUUUGUGAAGAAUGGGAAUAUCAACUUGUUCAUCGGAAGGUUUUUUGAAAAAAAAUUCUAAAAAGAGUUGAUCUACAGUACUCUUGAAAAGCUGCCACGUGGCAAAAAAAAACUCUGGAAAAAAAAUGAAUAAUAGAAAAUUAAAUUUCAAAGAUCUACAGUACCCUGAAAAAUGUUUACUGUAGAUUGUAUUUUAGUCUACAGUAUUAUUCUUCAAAGACUCUCUGCCACGUGGCAUUUUUGAGGGGUACUGUAGAUCAAAACAUGAGCAAUUUUUUUUGAAUUUUGAUGCACAGUAUGCUUCGAGCCCAUUUUUCCACGUGGAAUUCUCGAUGAGUACUGUAGAUCAGAAGCUAAACAGAAUUCUCUGAUUUUUGAUUCACACUAUAUUUUUUUCGCCACGUGGCAAUUGGUGGUGUACUGUAGACUAAAAACUGAAGAGGGUUUCUUGAAUUUUAAUGUACAGUAUUCUUCAAGUCCAUUUUUCCACGUGGCAUUUUUGAGAGGUACUGUAGAUCAACUAGAAUUUUAAAACACAACAAAAUUAAGUGGAAUUUCUGAGGGUACUGUAGAUGUAGACACACAAGAUUUUCUGAAUUUUCACAUGUGAAUCUUGAUCUACAAAUCUACAGUAACCGCCAGAGAUUUCUCGGGGGUACUGUAGACAAGAAGAUUCAGAACUCUCAAAUCAAAAUAUAUUUUCAGCAUUCAUCGAAUCAGCCGAAUGUCUGAUGGAAUUAGAUCGACAACCUUCAGUAAAAGCGUGCCACGAUGAAACUCUCAAAGAAAUCGAAAUGGCAAACACUGAAAAUGGCAUCGAUAUGUCAGCAAAAGUCGAUCGAAUGUGUGGAGCUCUCAAUUUCUUUUCCGGAUGUGUCAGAAAUCCCAUUAAAACCAAUUGUGGUUUCAAAGCGUGGCAGGUUUGUUCUCAUUUUCUUGCGAAAUAAAAUGUAAUUAAAUUUCAGAUAAUUUAUCGUGUUUUAAAAGACACAACCAAUACAUUGAUGCCAGCUUGUCAAUUCACAGGAACAUCUCAAAAAUUGGCACUUUUUCAAAAGCAACAGGAAUCAACUACAUUUUCAAUUUUAUCAACUACAACUACAAAAAUGUUAACUUCAACUUCAACACUUCCAACAACUACAACUACAGUAAUCGCCAAAAAAUCAGAUGUGAAAAAAUAUGUAUCUGAAUUGAUAAAUUCUUCAAUUAUAACUCAACUUAACUUAGGUAUUUUUUGUAUUAUUCUAGUCAUAUUAUUUUGAAAACCUCUUGAUUUAUUAUUAUUUAUCCUUUCAAAAUACGUGUAUCCAAAUAAAGCUGUUUGAAUUUAUGACGUGACCUAUUUUCCAAAUAAUUUUAAAACGAAAUCUGUCAUUUGAAAUGCUCAUUUCCCAAAAUGUGGAAUUCAAAAAUUACCCUAUUAUUACUAUUAUCAGUGGGUUUUGGUCUCUCGUUGAAAUUUGAUCCAAAAAAUAUCAAAAUUAUUGUGGAUGCUCAUAAUAAAAUCAGAAGUGAUAUAGCUCGUGGAAUUUUUAAAUCACGUGGAAGAAUCGAAGGACCUGCGAGUAAUAUGCAGAAAAUUGUGAGGAUUUUAGGUUUGAGUUCUAGUAGGGCUAGGUGGAUUUGAGACUUCGGAUUUUUGACAAGAUCGGAAUCAAUUUCGAAAUUUUUCUUGGAGUCAAUUGCCUGAGAAAAAUUCUAUUUGGAUUUUUUCUGAAAUUCGAAAACGAAGAAUCAAAAUUUUCAAAAUUUUGAAAAGCCUUUCAGACACAAAUUAUUCUAGAUUUGGGAUGAUCGAAUCGCUGAAAACGCUCAAAAAUACGCUGACAUAACAAAUAAAUUAGUACAUUCAACGCCAAAUCAACGCUUGGGAUUAGCAGAAAAUGCAAAUCAAGGUUCAGCUUCUAUUGGUUCAACUGAUGAUUCGAUUUUGAAAAAUGCAGCGGAAAGUUGUUUGAUUGCAUGGGCGAGAGAAGCACAGUCAUUUGGAUUGAGGAAUCCGAACACGUAAGUUUCAAAAUUUUUCUUUGAUUAUUAAUUUUAAUUCAAUUUUCAGCGGAAGAAUCGAGUUCAUUUGGAAUAAGCUUCAAGGAAAUGGCCAUGUGAUAAAUAUGAUUGCAAGUGGAACAAAUCGAAUUGGAUGCGGAAUAUCAAAAUGGAAGAAUGGCCAAAAAUUCAAUGUGUAUGUAUUCUGUCAAUAUAAAAAUCAUGGAAAUCUUCAAAUUCCAAAUCAUGUUUAUCUCGAAGCAUCAACUUGUUCUCAAUGUCCGCCUGGAACUAUUUGUGAUAAUCAAAGUGGAUUAUGUAAAUGUCCAGAAGAUGGAAAAGGAUUGUGUGCUCCUGAUAAUGUUACGAAAUAUUGGAAACAGUGA